AUGUCUGUGUGGGAAACGGAAGAUGAGCUCAGCGGUGCGGCCGUCCAGUCGUUACCAACCCUAUCAGACACUCCCUACCGAACGCCGUCACGGAGCUCGAGGCGAUCGCACCGCUCGGUGACGCCUCCGGCAAUAUCUUCGUCUUCCCCUCCACCCAUGCCUUCGGAGAAGGUCGAGCGAAAUGCCAAGCGGGCUUCGAAAGACAUCACGAGUAAUGAGAACAUCAGUAUUUUCGACCCACGUCGAUUUACGCCGACGCUACAUGCGAACCUCGUUUCUGAAAUCUUGACUUUGCGUCGAGAUCAAGAGGAGAAGCUUAAGUUCAUUGAGAGUCUUGAGUCUUCACUUCACAGUACAAGAGAGGAGCACGAGUCUCUGCAAACGACCGCUCUGAACACAGCGAAGGAAAGCAGAUCUCUUAAGCGUCAAUUGGCGCUACUCGAAGGGGGAACCUCGUCUGCUCUCGGUGAAUUGGCCAAAGAACGUGACGAAGCUGUCGAGGCUUUUACGGAGACUAAAAAACGUCUUGAAACGGCACAAAAGAAAAUUCGGACUCAAGAAGAAGACUCGCAAAGAGUCCAUGACCUAUGGGCCAAAGAAAAGGACGACUGGGAAGAAGAAAAGCGCAAAUACGAGAGGAAAUUGCAUGUCGCAGACACACGAUUGAAAACAAUCCUGGACGAGGUGGCCAGCGCCCAGGCUGCGCAGCUCAAUGGCCCCCACAGUGGUGUUGAAAGUGAGGCGGAGGAUGGUGCGAGGGAAAACGACGGUACCAGCGUCAGGUCGAUGAGUAUGACCAACAGCAUCCGGUUCUCCAUGAUGGCGGGGAAAGUCAAUGGCCACAGUCUUGCGGACGAGCUCAACUUUGACGACACAGAUUAUGAGACGGAUCCGGAUGGCCGCCAGAGUGCCAUGGAUGGUCGUCAAAGUGUCAUGGAUGGCCGCCAGAGUGUCAUGUCGAAUGCUCGACACAUGCGCAACCAGAGUAGGGACAGUAUUAUACUCAAGUCCCCGCCCAAGACCCAUCGCCGCAACCGGAGCAGCGAAAGUCAAAUGCGACCUGGAAGUGUGGCCCGCGGGAGACUGUUUAUGAACCUUAGCGUGCUCGAUAGACUGGAAAAUGGAAUCCGUGAGGACGAUGAAACCCCACCUGCUCCGAAGCCUGAGUACAAGGACACGGGCAUCCAGUUCUCGCCUCCUCCUUCACCCAAGUUGGCACCGACGAAGCCGUGUACACUGGAGCCUGCCAUCAGUGUGGAAAAGCCAGUGGAAACCGACAUCCCGGCCAAGCGCGAAUGGGAAAUCGAAGCAAACCAAAGACGGAAGCGAGUGCAUAUCAACAGGCCAGCGCCUAUUGAGCCGCCGAGCAUGUCUAAGUUGAUGGUGUCGGCUUCAUCCCAGACUUCGGCAGAACCCCUGAGCCCGCCACGAACACCAAAAACGCCGAUUGAUGUUCAUCCAGCUCCACUGCCAGCACCAGCGCCAGCACCAGUCGUCGAGGCGAAGCCUGUCCCUCAAAUGAUGUCCUCGGCCACGCAAACAGAUGCUCCUCCACCGCCACCUCUUAACCCGGCUCCCGCCCCCGUCACACAAUUCAUGCAACCGCCGCUAGCGAUGAUCCCCAGCAUUAGCAUCCAUCCGCCUACCAGCCGACCAGCAACGCCACGAGAACACAGGCUGCCCCAGUAUGUCAAGGACUUUGGUUGCCAGGUGUCGAUACUGGGGCCUGUUUCGGUCAAAUCAAGCGGAAUGCAGACGGACGAAAUCCGCAUCGAUAAGCGACUUGACCGCCUUCCAGCCCACUUGCAUCCUUCGGCUAUCACAUCUCGCCCAAAUUCUCCCAAGCCGCCGGGAACGGUUGAAGACAAGAACUUCACGCCCCUGCCGGGCAACGUACCUCCUCGAAACCCUCGUCGGUUAGCUAGCAAGCGUAGUUUCACCAGCGACUUUGGCUCAUCGCCUCCGGUAUCUCCUGGAUUGGAUGACCAUCGCCCAACUCGCGACGCUUAUCCCGGUAACAAUGACGAUGGGCCCCUGUCGAGCCAUAAGGCACCCAUGAGACGCCCCCAUCGUAUCAGCAGCCUUUUUGCCGGAUUCGAAGCUCAGAGCUCCGACGGAGACGAGUUUGCCGACGCCGACAUGAGUGACUUGGAGUUCCGUACAGCCUUGUCCGCACCGAAACCAAAAGGCUCAUUUGGCCGCCACGGCAAGCGAGUUGCGUCGGGCGCAAGCUCUACUCUCGAACAAGUGCCACUGUCCAGACAGUCGAGAAGCUUGACGAAGUCGACGGAUGUGUUCAGCCUGCCUGAAGGUCGCGAGACGCUCGUUCGCAAGCCAUCAGUGAGGCCAGCUGACAAGCCAGCCUCGUUGAACACGGCUUCCCGGGCAAGUGCCAUGCGGAAAUCGGCCCUGAUUCAGAGUGGUAUCGUGUCUCAUCAGGGGCGUGCCAGGAGCCCAAGCUUCACCGACGUAAAGAAUCCGCCGUUCCCGAUUCCCACCAGAGCAAGCUCACGUCAGCCCCCCAUGAGCGCCAGUGCCCCCAGCGACGGCCAACGGAGUCCAAUCAGAAUGGACGGAAGCUGGCACCGCCGAGGUCACAAAGCCGGCCCGUCGAGGUCCAACAGCAUCCGCAAAACCCGCUCUGCCGUGGCUUUGCCCCGAAACAACAGACACAGGCGACAGGGCAGUCGCUCGUCGCCGCCACCACCGAUGUCACCUUCGGAAGAGGCGCCCGAGAGUCCGGGUCUGCCUCCCCUGCCGAGCAACGACAUCACCACGCCCAGGCGCGACUAUGCGGCACCCCGCUAUCGCGGACACCGGCCUCAACCGUCAACCACAACGGCUGUCACCGAAACGACGAAUGUGGGCUCUGUGGGCAGCUCUCAGCAGGCUUCGGGUGUUGUGGACGCCAUCGCUCAGACUAUGGUGGGAGAGUGGAUGUUUAAGUAUGUGCGAAGGCGGAGGUCAUUUGGCAUGGCCGACACCAAGGGCGAGGAGAACAGCAAUGACCGCCACAAGCGGUGGGUGUGGCUCGCACCAUAUGAGCGUGCCAUUUUGUGGAGCGGCAAGCAGCCAUCUUCUGGGAGUGCCUUGAUGGGCAAGUCUGGCCGAAAACUGACAAUCCAGUCGGUUUUGGAUGUCAAGGACGACAAUCCUGCUCCCAAGGGUGCCAACCAGAUAUUCAACCGGUCCAUCUUGAUCUUGACGCCUCAGCGAGCACUCAAGUUUACCACAGUCAAUGCGGAACGACAUUACUUAUGGCUGACGUCGCUUUCCUUCCUGGCGCACUCGGCCCAGUCCGUACCCGAAAAUAUUGUCGCAGCCCCUCCUCCACAGGCCAAGUUGCGGCCGGUAUUCGACACACCGCCGCCGCCGCCGCCGACCAAGUCGAGGAAGAUGGGCAUUCGUGACUCUAUCAUGCUCAAGAAGAGCAAGAGUCCAGUGCAGCCCCGAGCAGAACCAAUGCCCAACUCGCAACAAUUCGAAUUCGAAGACGCACUUGUUUUCAAGCCAGAGGCUUUUGCUCCUAUGCCAACUCACCAGCGCGAACUCUCGAAGGACGUCGCUGAACCGCCGUUCAUUCCCCGAUAUCAUGAAAGAUCCACGGAACGGGUUCAUGAACGGGCCAAUCAGGUGGUGCUGCAUGGUCGCAAGAGGAGCAAUACGGGCGGCCACAUUCCUCCACCUUUGUCAUUCCGAGGCUUUUCGGGACCGGUGGGUCAUGGUACCUCUUAUCACGCUGCAACAAACAGUGCUACUGGCAACAGUAUUGGCACAGCUGGCUCGUCUGAUAUAUACACCCAAGGGUCUAGCAACGGUAACACCGCGUCGGGUUGGGCUAUAAGCUCAGCAGCAUCCCAACGCACGUCGGAGGCUUCCUCGCGCCCGGGACAAAACUUCUUCGAAGCUAUAGGCACGGUGCGAAUGGAGGCCUUCAUCAGCCCGCUCGCUUUCCCACGCUUUGACGAAUACCCCGACGAGCACGAGGAGAUGCGCUACAGAGUUCGCAGACGAAGCAAGGAGCAGCGUCGCCGCAGAAGUCGCAGUCGACAGCGCGACAGCCACAAUUCCCGUACCACACGCGGAACCGACGAUUGGUAUGGGGGAAACCGGACAGCACCGGAGGAGGAUUACUUUCGAGACGACCCCUUCAAGGGGUUCUAA